UGUCGUAAGAGUUAGACUGAGGCUCUGCUGUGAGAAAAUUCAUGGACAGAGGUGGAGUCAUUGUUUCCAUUUAUUGGAGUGGUACUUGGUUAAGAGCAAAAGUUGGAGAGUCAGACUAGUUUCUCCAUCUUUAAAAUUGGGGCAAGGAGGGUACCUACCUCAUAGACUGUGGCAAGGACUCAGCGCAAUGCUUUCAGCAUAGUGCUGGGCCCAUGGCAGGCUGGCAAUAAACCAGAGGGAGUGUUUCUGCUGGCAGCUCUGGCAGGAGGGCUUGGUGCAGGAGGGGAGAAGUCAUGGGCAAAAAGCUGUAGGUGGGAGCGUGAGCAAGAGGAACGGUUCCAGAACGAGCGUGGUCAUCACUGGUGGUGCUCAAAGGCGCUCAUGUGCGCCAGUCCUCCGUCCACCGCAGCCACACACCGACCUUGAGCAUAGCUGGAGGGACUCGGCAGGAGAGGGGGGUGUGAGUGCACGAACCAGGAACCUGCUGUGCACUGCGGGUGCACUGGGAGGGGGAGGGGGGCGGAGCCAAGCUUGGGUCCCCGCAGAUCCUCAGCUGUGACCCAGUCUGAAAAAGCCCAGAAAGGAACAAUGGUCUGAGUUACUAUCCUAAAGUGACCCCAGCGGGAAGACUGGGCCCACGCCGCUGGACACGAACGGCCGGCAAUGACCGCGCCCCUCAGUCCGUCCUCGAGAGCCACUUGUCCAGAGUCCUGGGUCGCGCGCCGGCGUUUCCUCGGUCCUUGGCUCCUUCUUCUUGGACUUGCAGCUCUGGACGCACACAGCCGCACACCAAACGGCUCGCUGUGGCUGGAAGUGUAGACAGCGUCUGUCGUCGGGUCUGUGCUGGCACGGUGCCAGGUUUGCGGACAGCGGAUCUUGGGUUCCCUCGGCGAGCGCUGGCUCCGGGGCUGGUCGGGUGGGAACACGGGGCGCGAGCCCCGGCGCCCGUACCCCGCUCUGGUGGCACCUUGGCCCCGCCCCGCCCUCCCUCCGCCUCAUUGGCAGCCGCACGCGCGUCGGGGGUUGCCAGGGCAACGGGUCUCCGAGUUGCAAGUCAGUGCUAACCUGAGCCAGUCGGCCUCCGGCGGAGGGAGCAGGAGAGGCCGGAGGGCGGGCGGCGGAGCGCGGCGCGUGGCGCGCGGCGGCUGGGCCCCAGGAGGGCGCCUCCUCCCAGCCAGGCACGGCCCCCCUCCCGGCGCAGGGGCAGGCCGGGGCGGGGGGCCCCGGAGCCGGCGCGGCCUUGGCCUCGUCGAGGAGGCCGGGGGGUCGCGAGGGCGGGGCGAUGCCGGGCGGCGGCGGCGGCCCCGGCCGGGGCCCGUGACCAUGGGCAUAGCCGAGUCCACGCCGGACGAGCUGCCAUCGGACGCGGAGGAGCAACUGCGCAAUGGCGAGCAGCAGUUGGAGCUGAGCGGGAGGCGGCUGCGGCGGCUGCCCAGCGCCGUGUGCGCACUGAGCCGCCUGCAGAAGCUGUACGUGAGCGGCACGGGGCUGCGCGAGCUGCCCGAGGAGAUCGAGGAGCUGCGCGAGCUGCGCAUCCUGGCGCUCGACUUCAACAAACUCGAGCGCCUGCCCGACGGUCUGUGUCGCCUGCCGCGCCUCACGCGCCUCUACCUGGGCAGCAACCGGCUGCCGGCGCUGCCCGCCGACUUCGCGCAGCUGCAGAGCCUGCGCUGCCUCUGGAUCGAGGGCAACUUCCUGCGGCGUUUCCCGCGGCCGCUGCUGCGCUUGGUGGCGCUGCAGUCGCUGCAGAUGGGCGACAACCGGUUGCGUGCGCUGCCCGCGGAGCUGCCGCGCAUGACGGGCCUGCGCGGCCUCUGGCUCUACGGCAACCGUUUCGAGGAGUUCCCGCCCGCAUUGCUGCGCAUGGGCCGCCUGCACAUCCUCGACCUAGACCGCAACCGCCUGGGCGGCUUCCCCGACCUGCACCCGCUGCGCGCUCUGCGCGUCUUCUCCUACGACCACAACCCGGUCACUGGGCCCCCCCGCGUCGCCGACACGGUCUUCCUUGUGGGCGAGGGCGCCGUCGAGCGCAUGGCCGAGCGCGACGAACCCACGCCCCGGCCGCCGCCGCGGCGCCCAGCGCGGGCCUUUGACGAUGAGGAGGAAGAAGACCUGCUCAUAGGGGGCGGGAGCUCCCGGGCUCUGGGGCCCCCCGUGGACAGCCUCUGCGCCCUGGAAGCAGCUCCAGGACUGGGCACCUGAGCCUGUGCCCUGGGUGUUGGGCCUCGGCCACUCUGGGAGGAGGGCCUCUGGGAAGGUUUGUGGGAACGGUGGGUCCCUACUUGGGGCAGAGAAGGGGUCUCUUUGGGCAAGCUGCCGGGGACAGGCAGGCCUGGGGGCCAUCUUCAGACAUUCCAGGGUAAUGAAAAGACUGCCUACUGGCUGGUCUCUGGGCGGUCUUCAGGCCAAGAAGUCCUGGUUCCGUCCAGUUCUUAUAGCUCCGUCUGGUCCCUGAUAGAGUCACUGACAACACAGUAGUAAAGGCACCAGCUUCUUCCUGGAACCAGGGUCACCACUGACCAUGGAAUCAUCCCCUUGGCUGAGUCUGGAAGCUCAGGGCACCCACCAACCUCCCUCCUCCUGGAGUCUGGAUCUUCUAGGUCCACCCUUUCUGGUGUAGGAGCCGCUACCUCUGGAGUGGACCACAUGCCUGCUUGAGGCAGAACUGCCCCCAGAAGAAGGCCUGGCCCAGGGGCAAGGGCUUGGAGUUGGGGCUGGUGCCCAGGACAGACAGGUGUGGGAAACCGGGAUUGGGGCCCUAACACCAUAGCUGCCCUUGUUCCUCCACCAGGGCUCAUGGUACAUACCUCCUUCUCCAGGUCCCCUAAGUUUUGUGUGGGGAAGGGGGGACUCAGAAGGCAAGGUCUCUGCCCUUGCCUUUUAUUCUGUUCUCUUCUUCCAGCUUGUGCCUGGAAUCUUGCUGGAAAGAGAACAUUCCCUCCCUUCCCCACAGCCUGAGCCUUCCAGCUGUCAAGUUUGAAAAGAAGCCACUGUGCCUCUAGGGCCUCCUGCACUGGAGAGAGAGGCUCUCCACUCUGGGCGGCUGCUCCAGUGUAGCCACUGCCUGUACUCUCCAUUCCCUUAAAUGGGCACCAUCGGGGUGGCUGGCAUGGCGUGGGGCAUGGGACGAGCACUGUGUGCCUCCACUCCGUCACCAGGACAGCCUCCGGGGGUGAGGAGUGAGGCCUCGCUCUGCAAUUCCCAGGGCCAGAUCUUUCCCAUCCAAGCAAUAAUGGGAGGAGGGCCCAGGGCCAGGGCCACUCAGGGACACUGUCGGGGGCAGGGCCCCCCCAUGGUAGCGUUUUCUUUAGGAAGAAAAAAAAAAAAAACUGGCUGUAAACAUAAAUUAUAUUUCUCGGAGAAAGAAUGUUCGUUU